AAAGGUUUUUCUUAACAUGGAGAAUGAAUCCAGUGAAAUAAACUGCUUUGUGACUUGUCAAAGUGGCGAUAUAACUACUGCCCUAGGCCUACAGCUCGAACUUGUUGAUCUGUCAAGCUUGUCAGCGACGUGGGAGGGAAGAACAUGUUUGGACGAGGCAGUAGUUGCAGCAGACCCAGAUUUGCUACGAGAAUUGAUAGCCAAGCUACAAGACCCAGGCUUGUUACGAAAGUUACCAGAAUUAAUUAGCAUAAUAAAAAUGACAAACAAAAAUGGCGAGACGGCUUUGCAUUUAGCUAUAAGGAGACAUCGUGUGGAUCUGGUGAAAUGGCUGGUAGAUUUUGACUUAGGUAUAAGGAAAUAUCGCGUGGAUCUGGACAAACACUUGGCGGACUUGGAUUUCACUUUGUGUAAUUGGGAAAAGGCGACAGAUCCAGAUAUGAUACGAGAGUUAGAAGCAAAGGUACGGGAUAUCAUCAGAAAUACGGACAAUAAGGGCGGGACACCUUUAGAUUUAGCUGCAAGGAAAUAUCGCGUGGAUCUGGUGAAACAUUUGGUAGACUUGGAUACCAAUAUGUGUGAUUGUGAAGAUAAAAAGGGAGAAACUCCACUAAAAAUGGCAAUAAGGAUGGGAUUUAAAGAAGCUGUGAAGUUAUUAAUAAAUCUCACAUCAAACGCUCUGCAUUUGGUUGUAGAGCUUAACCAAGUCAAACUAGUUGAAUUUUUAAUUAAGGAAAAUGUACAUUUGUCAAAUCAUAUCAAUCAGCCUUACCAGCAUCCCCACGGGAAAGGCCUCGCAAACAAAAACAAGGCAGAGAAUGAAGAUAACCAGAAUGCCCAGCCAAUUGUUCGACAAGGAGACACGCCUUUGCAUAUUGCAGCAAGGAAUAAAUAUGAGCACGUAAGAUUUUUCAUUUUAUUUUGUGCCUGA